AUGGUUCAGCCCACGUGUAGCACGCACCUCACCCGAGCGUUUUCUCAGUCGCUGCACGUGCUGGUGGACCCGCACCUGCUCGAGCUGGAGGGUGGCGGCCAGGUGUUAGCCGCCCUGCAGACCACUGAUGUUGUGGUCCACGUGACCGCCCGGCCGCAGCCCGGCACAAUCACCUGGGAGCGUGACGUCACCAGCUGGCGCGAGGUCGACGGCGAGAUAAUUUCCAGAACGACUCGCGAACCGGAAGACCAGAUCGUUGCCGUGUACGCCGCCGAAGCCAUGGCUUCUUUGAUCGAAGAGCAGACGGCGGACCCGUCGCGCGGUCUCACGGCCGCCGUGCGAGGUCUGGGUUCGAGCUCGGGCAAGACGGUGACGGCGCUGUGCUGGGGUCUGGACAAACUCCGCAGGACAAAGCCAAUGGCGGGUAGCUACAAGAAGGGCGAGGCGGUGCGAAAUGGUGGAGGGAACCGCAGAAAAGGAGCUCCCAAUUUGGACCGGCUGCAAAUGGAAGCCGUUCUCGUUGACACCCUGUUGGACACCCCGCACAACUUCAGAUUCGUCAAUUCACCAACAGACGGCGGAGAGUUUCUGGCUCAAAUGUCCAAAGCCAUCGCGGAGGCACCAUUCAAACGGCGCCGCGCCGAGCCGCAGUUCUCGUGGUUCGCCGAGGCCGACUCGGCGCGCCCGGUGAAGGUGGACCGCGAGCAGCGCGGCCUGCGCCGGCUCUGGGCGGAGCAGCUGACGCCUAAGUAG